CUGAACAGAUAAGAAGAACUACGAGGGAUGGGGAAAGCAAGCAGAGUGAACCAAACGGCUGUUUCAGACUUCUUCCUUCUAGGACUCUCUGAGAAGCCAGAGGAGCAACGUCUCCUAUUUGGCGUCUUCCUGGGCAUGUACCUAGUCACCAUGACAGGGAACCUCCUCAUCAUCCUGGCCAUCAGCUCUGACCCACAGCUUCAUACUCCCAUGUACUUCUUCCUGGCCAACCUAUCAUUAACUGAUGCCUGCUUCACUUCUGCUUCAGUCCCCAAAAUGCUGGCCAACAUUCAUACCCAGAGUCAGACCAUCUCCUAUUCUGGGUGCCUUACACAGCUGUAUUUCCUCCUUAUGUUUGGUGGCCUUGACAACUGCCUGCUGGCUGUGAUGGCAUAUGACCGCUAUGUGGCCAUCUGCCAGCCACUUCAUUACAGCACAGCUAUGAGUCCCCAGUUCUGUGUACUAAUGCUGGCCAUGUGCUGGGUGCUAACCAACUGCCCUGCAUUGAUGCACACACUGCUGCUGACCCGUGUGGCCUUCUGUGCCCACAAGGCCAUCCCUCACUUUUACUGUGAUCCCAGUGCUCUACUGAAGCUUGCCUGCUCAGAUACCCGCAUUAAUGAGCUGAUGAUUAUCACCAUGGGC